UCAGUUAUAACCAACGGCCGUUGCAUCAUAUCCUCUCCAUUCACUAAAUUUCUUCAGGAUGAAAAUGGCUUCUUUUUGUUCUAUAUUUGUUUCGAAUGUUUUGUUCCUCCUGGUUUCGACUGUUGUUGUUUCUGCAUCCAUGGAUCACACAAGUGCCGUGGACUCGGCUUUACCUUCUUUAGAGAUUGGAGCUCUUACGGCGGAUACAACCUUCAAAUGUGACACUGAGAUCGGCGUCCACACGACUAAGAUAUGGCCUCCACUUGCAUUAUGCACAACCUGUUUGGCUUAUUGUUUUGGCUCACGCGAUGCAUUAGGUACCACCUUGCUUGACUAUAAGUGCACACAUCUUCAACCGAGUGGAAUAAUGCAAUGCGACUGCUGUAGUAAAAAACCCACACCUCCACCAUGUUCCCCUCCUCCACCUUCAGGCGGUCAGUGUGAAACGGGAGACACAUACACAGAGACUACAAUGCCAACAUCAAAUUGCGCAGAUUGUACAACUUGGUGUAAAGAAGACUGUUCGGAAUUAGGAGGUCGUGUUAUUGAGGACAAGUGCGCGAUAGGUGAAUCUACAUUUGUAAGGCGUUGCAAGUGUUGCUGUCGUGGAGGAAACUCUGGUCCAAAGUUGUCCUAGUUUCCCUUCUGAUGCGCAAAUUGAAGUUAAUUAUGGUCGUCGGUAUCAUCAAUGUAAUAUCGAGUGGAUCCAUUAAGCAACUCUUAUCCUCUUUUUUUUUUGGA